AUGGAGCUCACAGGCAUCCGCUUCAUGGACGAGAUCACCGCGCCACGGCGGUCGACGAUCCACCCGUCCGCGCACCGGCCGCCGCGGCGCUCGUCGACGGAGAUGGAGAUCCCGCUGGCGGAGUACGUCGUGGCGAUGGCGAUCGACGUGCCGCAGUUGGAGCUGUACACGCACGUGAGCCGGGACCUGCAGACGACGAUCGAGCGCAUCAAGACGAUCUACACGGAGGCGGAGGCGGAGGCUGCGAAGAUGACGCCGGAGCUGUUUAUGGAGUUUUUGAACGCGGACGAGGACGGGCAGGCGGAGCUGCUGCAUCAGCUGAAGCUGAUCAAGGUCCAUAAUCAUGGACAGGCCAAGUCGGGGUGGUACGAUUGGAAGCUCAAGUGGGUCGAGCAGCUCUUCCAGAAGGCUGACGAGGGGUUCACACAUCUUGAAGCUGAUGCUCGGACGCUCGAAGAGUUCACGCGGGAUGCUCAGCAAAUCGUUCCCGGUCUUAGAGAAGAGUACGAGCAGAUCAUGCGCGAGCUCGAGCAAGAUCAGGCAGACAUUGCUGAACUCGAGAACUGCGAUCAAGACUACCUGAACGAGCUCAAGACGACGAUCAACGAGCAGACUGCUUCGCUCGAGCUGUUCCGAGGAGAUGUGGAAGAGAGCAAAUCCAAGCUCGCUCACCUCCAGAGCCGAAUGGAUGACAUCAACGCGCAGAAGCAGGAGCAAACCACCGCCAUUCAGGACGCGGAGUACCAGUUAAACAAGCAGAAAAACAACACGCGCGCCGAAGUUCUCCGGCUACAAGACGAACUUACUGCCCUCCAGACCUUGCAUACUUGGAAGGCGUCAAAGAUCGCACCGGACAUGUUUGAAUUCAUUUAUGCCUCAACUUAUCGCGUUUCCGUUCCUUGUGUUAAAUUCCGCCCCUUGGUUAACGACGUUGAGAUCAUCCGCCUGGACGAGGCAAAGACAAAGUACAAGGACCCGUUUCCCGCGCUCAGCCCGCUCUCAUUGGACACCGCCCGGCGCCUCGUGCACACGCUGGACAAGGACGUCGGCGUCCGGCAGAUCGUCGAGCUGCUCGGCGACUACUGGACGUCCUGUGCGCAGAUCCGCUCGCAGCUCCGGCAAGUCGCGAUCAAGUACCCGGUCACGAUCGACGCGCCCCCCUCCGGCGCGCCCUCGGAAACCUCCCCCGUCUUCACCGCCACCGCCACGCUCAUGUUCCCCUCCGUCAGAGGGAAGGCGACCGUCUCGUUUAUCUUCAAUACCCGCACCGUCCAGUCGUGGCCGAUGAGCAUCGCAUCGCUAGGAUGCGAUGUCAAAGUAUGCUACGGCGCCAUGGACCGCCACACUCUACACAACGCCAUCCUAGGCCGCCUUGGACAGGCGACCCCAUCGGACAACUAUGCUUGCUUACUCGACGCUUGUAUGGACGCCAUGGACUGCUAUGUAUAA